UUUUUUUUUUUUUUCAUAAUUGUUGUAUAUUCUUUUCUUUCUUCAUUAUUAUAAAUAUGCAUUAUGAGUAACUUCAAAUUGUAUAUCUUUUGUUCGUCUCCUGUUUGCUACGACUAAUUUUGUUUAACAAGUUCUUAACGAUGAUCGAAAACCGAACAAACCUAAGCGUCCCAUAAGACAAUAAACCAAAGACGAGUGAUUUAUUAAUUGGUCAAGUCGUGUAACAAAGCAAUAUGGAUGAGCUUGAAAGUGAAGAUAGUUUAGAUGGUACGUUAGUCAUCGACGAACCAAAUUAUGAUAAUAACAUAAUUGAAAUAUCAGAUGACACAGACUCAGAUGCAGAUGUGGAAGUUGUUGAACUAGAUGAUAGCACUAAUUUUAUUCCUUCUUUAUUAAAUUCUUCAAGUUCAUUAAGUAAACCUAAAACCGCUUGUAAAGUUUGUUCUAAAAUUUUUCUCUCUAAUAAUGACUUACUUAAUCAUAUCAGAAAGUUUAAAGGAAAAAUAGGAAAUUGUAAAGUUGGUACAAAUAUUAUGUACUCCAAAAGGAAAAAUACUGAAGAUCUCCAACCUGAACACUUACUAAGAAAAAAUCUAGGUAAACCACCAAAAAACAGUAAUAUAAUAGAACCAACAGUUCCUGUAGCUAUUCCCCUUAAUAUUUCAUUUUGUCCUUCAUUGAUACCAAUUAACAACAAGCCUACCCCACCUCCUAGUAAUAGUUUACCAUCUCUGCGCCAAAUACUAGUUGACGAAAUAGAACCAGAAUAUACAUGUACAACUUGUGGUCAAACAUUUCGUCAUAAUAUUGGACUGUUAUGUCAUUUAGAUUCUGAACAUAAUGAUGCAACCAUUAAUCAAGUCAAGAAUAAAAAAAAAAAAUUAUCAACUAAAUUGGUUGAAAAGAAAACUGUUUCAAGUGAAAAUAAACUAACAGAAAACAAUGAGCCAAUAUCAAAUACCGUUGAUUUAACUUUAGUACCAAAUUUUAAGAAAGAGAGUUUAUGGAAUAGAAUUAAAUCAUAUGUGUAUAGUGCUAACAAGAACCAAGUAUUUUGUGUUUUAUGCAAAUUAGAGUUUAAGAGUACUAAAAAGGCCUUAGCUCAUGUCGAAGAUAAGCAUAUUAUGGAUAAGAUACAGUGUGGUUAUUGUAAUAUGAAAUUUGUGUAUGAAUUAAAACUGCGAAGUCAUAUGGCGAGAAGACAUAAAGUAAUUGGAGUUUAUAAAUGUGAUAAAUGUUCUAAGAUGAUUAAUAAAGAAGAAUGUGAAUCACAUUCUAAAAAAUGUAAAGGAAUAGCAAACCCAGUUAACAUCAAAACUGAAGAUACAAAUUUAAAAGCUUAAAACUAUUAUUCUGGUAAGUGUACGGGUAUCAUCUAUUAACUAUACUAAAAUAAAUAGUACUCUUAGUUUAUAACAUUAAACAUAAAUAUUGCCAUAAUACCUAUUUAAAGAAGUAUAAUAUUACAUAAACUACUAACCUCAAAAACUGAUGUAAGAAAUCAUUACUAUUUAUUUAUAAUAAUUACCAUCAUUUUGUUAUUUAUUAUGUGUAAAUGUACAUCUGAAAACAAAUAACCUUUUUACAUUUAGCAUUUACACAUGUACAAAUCUAAUUAUAAGAAUUAAUUAUAAGUCUGUAUUAAUUCUUAGUAUUGUUUUCAGGUAAAUAUGAACUAGUCCAAUUAAUUUAACAAUAAUAUAGUAAUAGGUUAAACAAGUUAAUGCCAAAUAUGUAGUUGUAUAAAUAGUGUUUUAUUUUAAAUAUUUGAUAAAAAAAAAAAAAAAAAACAUUACAAAAAUUCUGUUAUUAAAUAUU